UAAUUGCACUGGAUAGUUGGGCAGCACUCACAAACAUUAAAUCUGUGAAAUCAAGAGAAAAAAAAUCAAAUUAAAAAUUAAAAAUAUUUUUCAUAUGAAAUUCAUCAUUUAGUUUACAGUAUGCACAAUAAGGGUGUGACGGUUUGCUUUAUUUGGGUUCCUGCCCAUGUAGGAGUAGAAGGAAACGAGGAUGCUGACAUGCUGGCCAAACAAUCACUUAGAUUGCAAACAGUAAACAUUAAAAUCCUGUUAGGUAAAGCAGAAGGCAAAACAAUCAUAAAAGGUCAAAUGCCAAAUAUAUGGCAAAAAGACUGCAACAUAAAUGACACAGGAAGACAUUUUUAUAGCAUCCAGAAUCAUGUGGGUUUGGGAAGGAAGAUGGGCAGGAACCGCAAAGAAGAGGCAGUCAUUACUCAUCUCCGGAUAGGACAUGCAUCAGACUACAUCAGACAUUACACAAAAUAGGUAAACAUCCAACAGGUAGAUGUGGACAUUCAGAAUCGGUUCAGCAUGUGGUGUUACAAUGUAGGAGAUAUGAGGAAGAAAGAAAAGCUCUAAGAGCAGCAUUAAAGAAGGAUAAGCUAACAUUCAAUGUUAGGAACCUACUGAGAGAAACGUCAGGGAGAAUGUUUAUUCAUCUAAUCACAUAUCUCAAAAACACAGGGUUGAUAAAUACAAUUUAGUUCCUUUUUUUUAAAAAUUAUUUUCCUGCCAAUCUAAUGCUCCACACUCCAGUCCGGUAGGUUGCGGUAAUGCAUCGGAAAGCCAACCGCCAAUCAAAUCAAAAGAAGAACAACAUGAAGAAGAAGAAGAAGCAGAAGAAGAAGAAGAAGAAGAAGAAUCGCAUGAAUACAGACCCCGCCCCCCUAUUAUACACGUCUGUCUCCGUUGUUCCCAGAAACAGUCGAAGCUUGCUGCUGCGUCUCAGAUAGCACUGUCCCAUUGUCUUCCUGUCAGUCUUCAGGACACAGCCCACAUCUUCUUCCUGAGGCCGAGUGUCGAUCGCCGGCUGAGACCAUGUCGACCGCCGAGGACUUCCACUCUCAGGUCGCCUCCAUCAUGGAGGUGCUGGCUAACGCGGCUGUAGCAGAGAUCUGUAAAGUUGUUGAUAACGGAUACUCGGUGGUUCAUCUGGAAAUGUCCCGGAGUCGGAAGGAGAACGAGUUCCUGCGGAGGAAGAUCAAACUGCUUGAACUGCAGGUCGCCCGGUACCGAGCUGAGAGAGUGAAGGGAGCGGAGCGCUCCGUGAGCAGCCGCUUCCCCGGAGUUUGCCUCCUCAACCGGCAGAACAAGGACUCACUGGCCGGCCCCUCUGUGCAUGGCAGGACCAGGUUUCUGAACCGAGGUCCAGGGUCUCAGCAGUGUGUUCAGAAGAGCCAGCCUAUCAACCUGGACCAAGAUCCUGACCAGGAGGUUGUCACCACCACCAAAACUGAGUCAACAGAGCGUGAGGAGGAGAGGGAGCUAAUGAUCAUCAAGGUGGAGGGAGCAGUGGAGACCACCAUCAUGAACCAUGAGGCAACGCUAGAUGCCUGCAUCGGCACUGAGGGAGAUGCCAACACAGAGACCUUCCUCCCUGCUGCCACGAAGGACGAAAUGGAGGGCCAGGGACAUCUGAAAAACCUGAGCAUCCCUCAGAGCCAGGAGGAAAAGACUGAUCAAGUCCAAGGUGACCCUCCAGAGAAACACAGACCCCCCCAGACCCUGCUGCACUGCCAGGAGAACAGUGAGUCUGAGGACAUGGAGCCACCAUCUUGGUUGGCGGACCCUGAAACGGUGAUUCAGCCCCUGAUCCAGCUGCCAAAAAGAAACCAGAGACGCCAGGUGAAAGUGGUAAUCCACCCAGUCACAAAGGAAACAACUGGAGCGUCUCGGGUUGGCACGGGCUGAGUCCCAGGCCCACCCUCUGGUCCCCCCCUCCGACCCUCCCUUUUCACCCAACAGUUUUCACCAAGAGCAACCACAGAUUAUCAGUAAUGUUGCUCUACCUUGCAGUAACACCAUUUCAUCCUCUCCAUCCACAGAAAACACCACACCACAUCAACAGCAGAGGGAGCCAGAGCUGUCUGCCACAGAGCCCUGUGAAAGAGAAAUAACCACUGAGGUGGAUAAUGACACGAUGAUGUCGGCUGAAAAGAGGAAAAGCAACAAGCUGAUUUCUUCCUCAACGUCUGAAUUAUCCACCUCAAACUCUAACAGGGCUUCUGUGGCUCCACCUGGCUCCCCAGGGCGCCCGGAACCACAUACACACCCACGUACAUUUAGAAAACUACAGGAAUGGUCGUUGGAGGUACAGAAGGAGACCCUUAUCAUAGGGGACUCCAACCUGUCACGCAUCCCACGCUUCACUAAUCCAAACAUUCAGAUUGACAGCUAUCCUGGAGCCACAUUUCAUCACAUAAAUGCAAUAUUAAAGAAACUCACACUUCAUCAUAAUACCAAACACAUAGUAAUAUCUGCAGGACUUAACAACUGCCUACAAGAACAGGAAGCCACAACCACCUGGAAAGAACUGCAACAACUAUCGAAAACCAGCCACAACAUCUUUCCAAACGCAUGUAAUAAAGUUUUCCCACAGGUUGGAGUCCAAAAAACAGGAACUUCUCACCAAACUGAACAGUAUUACGUAUAACCAAUAAAUGCACCUUCCUUUCAGAAAUAAACCCGCUUCCUUUCCAGACCUGUCCCAAAGACCUCAUUCACUGGACGAAGGACACAGCCACACUCAUCUUCAAUUACUGGUCACAACAAUUAAACUGGUAACGGGGGGUCAUUGUUUCAACACAGCCCCCCUCAGCUCUAACAUUACUAACCUCUGUUCUACACUCUCCUUAACAGCCGCACAGCUGGAGAUACUGGAAAAGGGACUCACAUUCAUACACCCAAACCUCCAACCCGGCCGGAGCUCAGGGGGGACCUCCAUGUCUUCCAUAGGAGGCUGAAACUCCUGGAUCAUUUUCACGGGGCACAGAGGUGUGAACCUGUAGGUUUCACUGGACCGUCCUUCUGGGAACCUCACAUAGAUAAUAUUUCACCCCAAAUCCAACAGUUAAUAGAUAAAAACACACAAACAUUCAGGAAAUGGCGCCCCCUCCCACAUAGACAGCAGAACAUAACCCAACAACAAAAACAAAUAAUUAAAUCACUAGGCAAUAACAAUCACAUAAUCAUCAAACCAGCAAACAAAGGGGGACAAAUAGUUCUACAGGAUAAGAACAAGUAUACAUUAUAAGUACUUAGACAAACAAUACCAUUUAUUACAAACCACUUUCACAUUCAUUACAAUUAGAAACACAAAUAUUAAUCAGGAACAUCACAGACACUCUAUACCAUAAAAAAUAUAUUAAUGCAAAACAGAAAAAAUACUUGGACGGUCCAGAUGAGCCCAGGCCCCGUCUCUUCUAUCUUCUCCCGAAGAUCCAUAAGCCUCCUCAGACGUGGACGGUCCCUGCUGUUGUUCCGGUCGGCCGCCCUUUUGUCAGCGACUGCGGAUCAGAAUCAUAUAGAAUAACGGAAUAGAUAGACCAUUUCAUCAACCCACUCUCAAAAUCCACCCUAGUUAUAUAAAAGACACAUAUGAAUUUGUUAAUAAAAUAAAAAACCUGCAGGUACCCAGCCGCACUCUCCUUUUUUCCAUACACAUAGAUUCACUAUACACUAACAUAGAAACUCCACUCGGCCUUGCUGCCAUUCAGAAUAUUUUCAAUAAACCCCCAUAGAAUUCCUGAAUACACGGGUCUUCUUCUGUGACUCUGACGACCAUAGCAAAAAUCUAGCUACUAAAGUAUAUUUCAAGGACACGGAUCGCCAUGCAUUAGUCAAGCUUCCACCCUAAUCACACGUACAGGGGUCUGAUAAAGUCCCAGCUGAUACGCUUCCACAGAAUCCGCACCUUCCCGGAGCAUGUGGAGGAGUCCACCCGAACCCUUUAUGGUGCGCUGAGGCUCAGGGGCUUCUCGAGGCGCUUCCUUGGGAGCAUCAAAGCGGAGGUCAACGGCACCUUCACCCAAAAUUACAACAUCAUAACGCAGCCGUCCAGCCUGUCCCUCGUCCCUAUGGUCAUCACAUACUCUGACGGUAACACAAAGUUUUUAAGAACUUUAAAGACAAACUUUCAGGGGGCGAGGGAGGGCUGUAGAAGAGUGCCGUCUGAUCUCCGCUUACCGACGUAAUCAUUUUUUUUAUUAUAUAUUUUAACUCACACGGCUUUUAAUAACAAAGCAAAUUGCAAUAAGGAAGCGCUUCUAGAAUCGGAAAUUGAUUUUAUCCGUCUCCCCUACAUUUUUAACCCACAGGCAAAAACAGGCAUUAAACUGUGGCGGGCCUUAAAACCUGAAACAAGAAAUGCUCUAUAUGCAAUCAGAUGCAGGGCCUGCCAUAUUUUAUACAUCGGGGAGACGGGUAACGAGUUAAACAUGAGAAUAAAACCACACAUAUAUAAAAUGAAUAGUGGGAACGGCACGAGUGCGGAGACGAAAAGGAUCCACUUAUCAAAAACAAUAGACCCCACAGGUUUAAAUGAAAAAUGUUAGUGGAACCAUUCCCAUUUUUCAAUCCAUAUUUUAGUAAAAACUUUUUUUACUAACCUCCUGAACUGUUUAUGAUCUCAUCUCUCCCUACAGGUUCUUUUAUGAGGAAAUUCUUCAUGCAGUGCGGUGGACCUUGUUUUAUUGAUCUUAAUCACCCCCCAUUCUAUUUUAUACAUUUUAUAUACCCCUCUCCUGUGACCCCUCUUGUAUAUAUAACACCGGUUGAUGUUUUUUACUAACUUUUAAUUUUCAUGUUUAUUUAUCUUGUAAAUACUUUUAUUUAUGUGUGGACUUAUUUAAUUAUUAUUUGUCAAUUUAAAUGAUUUAUAGUUUUAACGAACGGCUGGUACCGUUCAAGUUUUAAUUUAUUGCAUGCCCUAACUUUUAAGCACUUUUUAUCCACAUGGAGAGGAAUAAUGUAAUUUUAAUAGAUUGAAAGAAAUAAGAAGUGGGAUAUAGGAGCCGCCUGCAUUUUUUAACUUCCUUUAAAAAUAUAGGAACCCUCAAAAAUGUAAAACUAUACAAAAAACAUAAAAAUUAGGGAACUUAUGUUUUAUGACAAUUUUUUCAAUUUAACUUUUAACCCAUAAUUUAAUAAUCUAUUUACCUAUUAAUAUCUUUAAAUUUUUCUUUUAAAUAUCUAAAUAAUUUUUAUUUAUUACAUACAGA